CUGGCUGGCUGGCUGGCUGGCCGGGCGGGCGGGCAUGGCUGCGCUGGCCGAACUGCUGGGCGAGGCGCUGGCGGCGCCCGACGGCUCGGCGGUGGCCACGGCGUCGCUGCCGGCGCGGGGCGUCUCGCUGGUGGGGCUCUUCUUCGGCUACUGCGGCGGGGGGCCCUGCGCCCAGGUGGCCGCCAACCUGGCCGCCUUCUACGCGCGCUUCCAGCCCGGCGGCCCGGAGGGCGCCGCCGCCGCCGCCGCCACCGGGGGUGCCUCCGCCGCCGCCGCCCCGUCCCGCCCGCCGCCGCAGCGCCUGGAGAUCGUCUUCGUCUCGGCCGAGCAGGAGCAGCCGCGCUGGCAGGAGGCGACGCGGGCCAUGCCCUGGCCGGCGCUGCCCUUCGCCGACAAGCGCCGGAAGUUGAAACUGUGGAACAAAUUCCGGGUUUCUAACAUCCCCUCGCUGAUAUUUAUAGAUGCCAACACUGGGAAAGUGAUUUGUCGGAAUGGCCUUUUGGUGAUCCGGGACGACCCAGAAGGGCUGGAGUUCCCUUGGGGCCCUCGGCCGUUCGGCGAGGUGGUGGCCGGCCCCCUUCUCCGAAAUAGCGGGCCUCCCCUCGAGAGCAGCGUCCUGGAAGGCUCCCAUGUCGGGGUUUACUUCUCUGCGCACUGGUGCCCGCCUUGUCGAAGCCUCACUCGGGUUUUGGUGGAAUCGUACCGGAAAAUCAAAGAAACUGGUCAAAAAUUCGAGAUUGUCUUCGUUAGUGCCGACAGGUCGGAGGAGUCGUUCAAACAGUAUUUCAGUGAGAUGCCCUGGUUAUCGAUCCCCUACGCUGAUGAAGGGCGGCGGUCGCGUCUCAACCGGCUGUACGGCAUUCAAGGUAUCCCUACUCUUAUCGUCCUGGACACUAAGGGAGACAUGAUCACCCGACAAGGCCGAGUCGAGGUCCUGAAUGACAUUGAAUGCAAGGAGUUCCCCUGGCACCCCAAGCCUGUCUUGGAACUGACCGAUUCCAACGCUGUCCAGCUGAAUGAGGGUCCUUGUCUCGUCCUUUUUGUAGAUUCCGACGAUGAUGGAGAAUCCGAAGCAGCCAAGCAGCUGAUCCAGCCCAUCGCGGAAAAGAUCAUAGCCCAAUACAAAGCCAAAGAUGAAGAGAUCCCGCUGCUGUUUUUCGUGGCUGGAGAGGAUGACAUGACCGACUCUCUUCGGGAUUACACCAACCUGCCCGAAGCCGCCCCCCUCCUCACCAUCUUGGACAUGUCUGCCCGGGCCAAAUACGUCAUGGAUGUGGAAGAGAUCACGCCACCGAUUGUGGAAACUUUUGUGAAUGACUUUCUGGCCGAUAAACUGAAACCUGAGCCUAUCUAAAGCCAGAGCUGAGGCAGGGACUGGGGGGUGGGGGGGGUGUUCCUUCGUCACCCCUUCCCCACCCGUUAGGCCAGGGGUCUCCACCCUGGGCCACUUCAAGACUUUGUGGACUUCAACUCCCAGAAUUCCUCAGCCAGCCACGCUGAGGAGAAAUGGAGAGGUUUCCAUGCUGAGCCGUGCUGGCUGAGGAAUUGUGGGAGUUGAAGUCCACGAGUCAUAAAGUUGCCAAGUUUGAAGAUCCCUGUCUUAGACGCUAUUUAAAAGUGGCCGGGUCGAUCUACCACCACCAUCCCUUCAAGGUGGGCCGACCGUCAUUUCCUUGUGGUGCCUUGUUUUAACGCAGAAUGAUGUCUCUUGUCUAAACGCUUUCCAGGUGGCUCUUUGCAAGCAAGGGGGUGUGUGGGUGGGUGGUCUCCCGGGAGGGGAAGAUUUGGCUUUGGGAGGGAGAAGGGAGACGGGGUACCCUGAGGCCAUCCAGACGGGGCAGGAAGGAGAUGCUUAAACUUCUCGUGGCCAGUGGUUUUCAUAGCUGGGAUGGAUUCAGAAAUGACGUUCCGGAGCCCCGAGCGAAUUCAGCAUUGUAGCCCCUUCCUCUCCGCAGCCCCCUUGCCCACUUUUAGCGAGGAAACGAAUCCCUUUAAUUUCUUCCACCAAGCGCAGAAAGGUUGAAGCGGUGGGGGAAGCGAGUCCACCCAUCGAAAUGAUGGUUUAAAGAUGGCUAAAGCCAAGGAUAUUACAGCAAACUAAGCCGAGGAAGGAGACGUUGUUAUCACUAUAUCCGUACUGAGGUGUUUCUCAAUGGGAGCGGCUUGAAGGCCAUUAUCCAUCUUCAAAAAUAGUGGCUGGGGAAUUCUGGGAGUUGAAGUCCACACCUCUUAAAGCUGGCUGGCUGGGGAAUUCUGGGAGCGGAAGUCCACCCAUCUUAAAGCAUGCUCCAUGGGGAAUUCUGGGAG